CUUCUCCAGCCUCAAAGCAAAUCUGCCGAUUCCACCACAUCUCAUCAUCUCCCUUUAGAUCUGCUGAUUUCAUCGCAUGACGUCGACUACUCCACCACACGGUGCCUCCGCCGCUCCGCUGGCGUCGCUGCCCUUACCUUCGCUUUGGUGCCUUCGCCCUCCACCAUCGCUCUGUUUAUGUAUCUCCGAAUUCUCAGAAAGCAAUCUUAUCAACGAUUGGACCAAAUACGGGGAUGGUGCAUGGAAUACACACGAAGAAACCCGACGAAAAAAGGUCAACCAAAUGUAUCCCAAAGAACAAACGAAGUCAAGGAAAACACACAAAUAAAGUAAAAGCCGCUUGGCCUUUACAUAAGCCGUCCGGAUUUCACAUGUUAGGCUUGUGUAUGUUGUCUAACACUAAAGAAAAGCAUCAGGAGCUCAAGAAGGCGAAAGCCGCCCGGCUUUCGUGGAAACAGGCAGACAUUCACGACCGUAGUUUUAUUCUAAAAAAUAAUUCCAAAAGCCGUCUGGCUUUCGCCCCCUGGAGCGAAGACCAGAAUAAAUUAAAACACGAAAGCCGUCCGGCUUUCAUAGAAGCCGCCCGACUUUUCCAAUUUUCAUAUUGAAAUAGUCAACGGUCAUCACUCAUCACAAUCAUUCGGAGAAAGCACCAGAAGUUAUUAAGAAGCUUGUCUUCUUGUCCGAAAAUGGCCAUUGAAGACCUCUUGUUUAAGAGUUUUGAAGCCCUUCCAUAAAGAUAUCCCAUAUUCUACACAUUUUACUUCCAUGUAUUCAUCCCAAGAACACCCCCUUAAUCUUGGGAGGAGUCCUUCAUUUGGGGAAGCAAUUGUCCACCAUAGCUUUGGAGUUGUGGGACCAUUUUCUUAUGUAUUCCAUUCAAUUUAAGCAUUUCAAUACUUGUAAUUUCAAUUCAUUAUGAAUUGUAGUAGCUAAUUUUCCAUAGCCAAGGUUAGGAAUGAAACUUUACACACUCUAGGUGUUUGAUGUAUGUUUUCAACCAAAUUAUUUCCUUUAUAUUUUAAUGUGUAUGACUACGGUGUACAGCGUAUGAUUAUAU